AUGAGUCGGCUAAACGAAAGUUAUCCUCACGUUUCCGAUGGAACCGCCAAGGCACUAGUGAGUUCUACGGUAAAAGUCAUGAGAUACCUAAGCAAUACUGGAGAUUACAAGGUUGUUUUCAAAUUGAUCAACGCGCUUGGAUUCUUUAAUCAAAAAGUAGUAGAAGGUAGACUCAAUGGUUCAGAUCUCGAAGGAAUAGACGUUUUCACACCAAUCCUUCAAAGUGAAGAAGUAAUGAAACACAAGUUAGAUCUGGUGGCAAUUUUUCUAGCGUAUCUUUCUAUCCACAGAGAAUUUCACCCUUUGAUACUGAACUCAAUAAAGGAUUGGUGUAAACUUUUGCCUGAAAAGAAGUUGAUCACAUGCACUGAUACCAAGUACAUGCCAGGUUUUUACACAGUGGUUUCACUAUUGGAUCAAUAUGAAGAAGUAACACCUCAGAUUUUACAGUAUUUGGAAUUGGAUUUAGCUCAUGUCCUGGUACACGUUUGGGUUCCCCAGUGGUUGCAGAUAGCACAGACACCAUUAGAAAACGAUAGCUUAGCAGAUUUACUUCUCAAUGAAGCCAAAUUAGACUUCGUCGUAGCUACAUCGAAUGAUUUGGGGCAAUUUAUAGCCAACAAACAUUUACAAAAGGAACCUCCGACGUCAUACUUCAUUUACAAGAUAUGCAAAAGAAUUUCAUUAUUCGCAGAUUGGAUGCCCAGCUCCUUGUAUAAACCAGCUGCCCAACUAGCCAUAUCUCACGGUAGCUCAGCUAGUGGGUUACAUUUUGAUUUGCAAGUACUCAUGGAAGUAGUAGAUCAUCCUGAACUGAAUUUUUUCCAAGAACCUCGUUUGGUAUCUUUGCUACACCAGGCAACUAACAAUUUGCGUAAAGUACCUUUCCACAAAUUACACGCUGCCCUGGGUACUUUAGGAUCUAUCCAGAGUUUACCCGCUAUUAUUAACAUGGUUCAGCUCUUAUUGUGCAAAUUUUUAAUCAAUGCAGGCAAUGUAAGUGAAUUAAUUCAAAAAGCUGAUUACCGGUUACAACUUCACCCAAAUGAAAAGAAGUGGUUCAACAACAGAACAAACAACAAAUAUCAAAUACCAUCAUGGUUUGAAACUUCACUCCUACCACCCUUACCACCAAUCGCAAAAUCUAUGUUUGUCUUUGAUAAUAAUGAGCACGAAUCAGAGCAAGAGGCUAAAAGUUUUACAAUAAUUACCAAUUUACUUUUUGAAUCUCUUAAUAUGGUCAUUCUGAUGAACACAGAGAUGUUAAAACAAUACCAAUGGUUGAAUAUUGAUCCACUCAUGAUAGACGUUUCAGAUGAGACUUUUAACAUAAGGCAUCUUGUGGCGGGACAAUUCUUGUUACUUUACCUUAUUCCCAUCAUUAUGGCGGCAAUGUUAUCUCAGCAGUUGCUGGAAUCACAAGUUGGUAUUUUAAGUGAGAAGAGAAAAUCCAUUAUGAGGAAAAUUAUCUUUUCCAACACUACCCGCCUCUGUGAGACUUUGAUACAUGCUCAUGGUAACAUUGCGCUUUACCACCUCCUUAAAUUAUGUACUAAAGCCUCCGCUGAAGAUAUGGUCCUACAAGGGAUUUGCCUCGAACUUUUACACCAUAUUUUUUUUGGUCCAAAUGGGACAUAUAAUAAGCAACUGUGUCUAGAGAAUAAACUGACGACCCAAGCACUAGAGAAUUAUAUCACAGUUUGGAAUGAUGGAUCACAUAGAUACCAACCUUUUUUCGAGAAAAUUUUGAACGUGGAGCAACCUUCAGUAGAGGUUAGAACCAUUCCAGUGUCUGAACUCUACGAACUUUUACCUGAUCAUGAAGAAAUUCUACGAACCCUUCAGGAAAGGAGUAGUAGCACACCGAAAUCUUCAGCUCCUUCCUCCGUGACUAAGGAGAAUUCACAGCAAAAGGUUGGCCUAACAUCUCGUUCUGGUAAUGUAGGAACUACAACUCCCUUAACAUACAAAUAUAAUCCCUACUCAACUCCAUCGUUUGAACCAUCAAAACCAGUAACACUUACUCCACCGGUUUCAUUUUCCUCAGGCACGUAUACAGCUGAUACAAUGGGUAGUACCCCAGACACUUAUACGUUUAAUCCACGUAACAACGAAAUGAUGAUGGGAAGAACCACUACUCCUUCGGAUACGAACAACUACAGCACCGUUUUUAAUGGAUCUUUCAGUGGAGAGCCUCUUUCCAAUUUAUCAAGAACCAUAGAAAGUCUUAAUGGAACACCACAAACACCAUCUAAAGGGUUCUUCAGCAGUCCUUGGGAUGGAUCUCCAGGAAUUAGUGUAACUCCGAACAAUAGUAAAAUCGUCAGCACAGGUAAGAAUUAUAUCCUGGGUGGUCAUAACAGGAUUAAAAAUAACAGUAGAGCACAAUCCAUUCACAUUGACAAUUUUAAAACUGGUCCCUGA